AUGGCUUUGACCAAUCAGGUAGUGAUACAACAACGUGAUUGUUAUCCAAAUGAAACACCAAUAUUCAUACAUACGGCUGCAUCGACAAGUGGAAAAUAUUUCAAUCGUCGUCAAGUAAUACGUCGUACAUGGGCACGUGAAGCAUACAAAUAUAAAAUGCGCAUUUUAUUCGUCAUGGGUGUACCACGUGAUUUAUCCAUAGAAAGAUCAUUGAAAAUGGAAGCCGAUAAAAAUCAUGAUAUUCUGCAAUUCAAUUUCAUUGAAGACUACUAUAAUCUAACAUUGAAAGCAAUAUCAUUACUGAAAUGGUCAUAUCGUCAUUGUAGUAAUAGUCCGUAUAUGGUGAAAACCGAUGAUGAUGUUGUACUGAAUAUGCCAAUGCUCUAUCAAUUGGUUCGGCAACGGAAAAUUCCAUCCGGUCUUACCGGUUUGGUCAUGACUACGCCAGCUAAUCGUGAAAAUGGCCACAAAUGGCAUAUGCCUGAACAUCUUUAUCCAAAGGAUUCAUAUGAAUUUCUUGCUGGUUUCUCAUAUCUAUUGUCGAUGGAUAAAUUGAAAAGUUUUCUUAAAACCAUCAUCACAUAUCCUGGUCCGAUUCUGGAUAUCGAUGAUCUAUUCCUUACCGGCAUUGUUGCUGAUUAUGGAAAAAUACGACGCAAUAAUAGUUUUCGUUUUAAAUUUUUUUGCGGUACCGAUGUUUGCACAAUGGAAACAUCAUUAGCAAUGCAUGCAUGUCCUAGUGCCAAGAAUAGUGAAUAUAUGUAUCGUUUCUGGAAAAAUGCUGAUCGUCUUUCCUGUUAUCGUCAUUUCCGUUUAAGCCGUUCAUAUCGCCGUCGUAGACCAAGAAGUAUUUCGACAACAACAACAACAACAACCGAACAUAUAUCCAAUGAUCAAAUUAUAGCCAAUUAUACUGAUUAUCUUAUCGAUAGUCAUCAAUUGAUUGGUUUCAAAUUUCGUCAACCAUAA